UGCUUGCCUAGCUUGGAGUCGAGUAGUCACGCUUGGUAGUUUUCACCUCAGGAAAAGAAUGUAGUUGAUUACUUUUCUGGGAACGAAAUAAAUGCAAAAGUUGUCAGUGACAUGUUUGUGGCGAUUGCCCUCUGUCGAAAGAAACCGUAUUCAGUUUCUGAUGGAAAGAGCUCGAUCAGCCCACGGUCAAAAUUGGUUAAAGCAUCUACGCCCCGAAAGAGAACUGGAGGAAAUGAACGGAUUUCAACCAUAGAUGCAACACAAUCAAGAACACAGUGAUGGCAAAACCCGGGACAUCUUCUAGCCUCAACAUAUCACAUCAGUUUAUCAGCCAUAGUCUUCGCAGCUCACUGCAGAGUCUUGACAACCAACAGGCACCGCUUGAAAGCAUUCUACAUCCAACUGUAUUUUUUGGGAACAUACAUUCAAAGCAACCACGCAAAAGCCUGUAUCCAAAGAGCCAGCAUCAUUUCAACCCCAGCAGUACGAAGCAGCUAAUUUCAAUCCAACAAGCUGCCCGGGAUGGAAGGAUCGAUAUUGUCAGGAGUCACAUUGAAAAAAUUGGAAGGGACAAAAAGAAACUCAACAAAAAGGAUAUUGAAAAUACAACCGCUUUACAUUAUGCAGUUAGGUACAACCAUAUGUCCAUUGUUAAGCUCUUGGUCGAAAGUGGUGCAAAUGUAAAUGUUCAGGGAGAACAUGGUGCUACCCCUCUUCAUUAUGCAAGCAGGUACAGAAAAUUCUACUUGAAAGGACCCGUGACAGCACCCUAUGAUUUGCCAAUUGCCAACCAGUUAUUGUCUAGCAGAAGGCGAUUAAAGGCAUUGCGAAGUCUUGUGGGCUAUGGAGGCAGAAAGAAAUCAACGGGGCUACUAGGAUCUGGCAAGAGGAAGAGCGAUGAUCAAGGUAAAGGGAAAGUUAAAAACAAGUUUAAGAUGAAAAAGCCACAAAAUAGACAAUUUAUGCGUCGUAUAUUUGGGCCACUUUUGGCGAAAGGAGACAGGAGUGGGCCAAACAGAGAUGCUGGGAAUGAAGAAUCUGUUGGGUCCGCAGCCACUGCAGAUUUUGAGCCAGAUAUCGAGUUAUCAGAAAGAAAAUCUUUGAUUGAAGAGAUGGGUAUGAUUGAUGCUGAUUUAUGCUCAAAAAACCCAAAUACGGAAUUAAGCCAAAACGUGCCACAUAUCACCAGAGAAAGAGCCACACCUGAAACACAGUCAAGUCAUAGAGAAAAAGAUGGCGGUAGCAAUGAUGACGAUGAUGAUGAUUAUAACUCAUUUUUUGGUGAUGUCGAGAAGGAAGAUGACAGUAUAAAUAGUGGACCUCAAGUCUAUAGGACCAGGGUACAAAGUGUUGUAUCUAGGGACGGUUUUCUAGAUAUAAGUUUGAACUCUAGGCCACCGGUGAAGUCUUUAUCUAUGCCAGAUAUAAAAGCGCUAGACAGUAAAAGUGAGAAAAAUGAUGACGAAGAAAAGGUCCUUGGGCCUGCACAAGAAGAGAAUAGAGCUCCGAGUAAAGAGCGGAUCUCAUUAACAAGAAGCGGUACAUUCAGCUCACCGCACACGAUCAGACUUCCUGUUGAGCAUAAAUUGUUAGAUAAAGCUUUAGCACUGGACACCAUUAUGACGGAGGGUCGCUCACUAGAUACUCUUAUAUUGAAGAAAAUCAAUAAACCACACAAGCUAGUUGAUGAUUCAAUCAUACUUUACCUGCUGAAGAACAGCGCUGAUAUAAAUGCGAGGGAUUACUAUGGUGCAACCCCCCUGCAUUAUGCUGCGCAGAGGGGAAAUCUUAUGUCUGUCAAUGAGUUACUAACAAAACAAAGUAUCGAUAUUGAGGCAAAAGAUAGAACACAGAUGACAGCUCUGCACUGUGCUUGCAGCAAUGGUUCGCUUGAAGUUGUAGAGGUUUUAAUUGAACACAAUGCAGAUUUACGAUGUACUGAUGAAGAAAACAUACGACCUUUGCAUUUUGCCGCCAUGGAAGGUCACAUUGACAUUGUGAAAUUGCUUUUUCAUGCUGGUGAGCAGACUGGGGGCUGGCAUACCCUUUCGAGGAUGAUAUUAGACGAAGACAGAGACGGGCAAACAGCACUGCAUUUAGCAGUUGAAAACGGUCAUAUCGAUAUUGUAGAAAUAUGCCUUGAAAACGGUGCUAAUGUCAACCAUUACAACACUAAUCUGAUCACUCCAAUGCAUCUUGCUGCUACAUCAGGAAAGCUGGAGAUCGCAAAAGUGCUUGUGGAUCACGGUGCUAAUAUCGAAGCUACGAAUGCGCUACAAGAAACGCCAUUACAUCGAGCUGCUUUGUUUAAUCGUGUCAAUAUCGUGCAGUAUCUUCUGGACAUCGGUGCCAAGAUAGAUUGCAGAGAUAAAGACAACGAAACUCCUUUAAUGAUGGCUGUACGUAAAAAUAACACGGAUGUUGUCAAGCUGCUUGCUGCUCUUGGAGCUGACGUAUCUCUAAAGGACGCUGACGAUCGAACAUGUUUGUUUAUAGCUGCGGAGGAGGAUUGUGUUGAAACUUGCAAGAUCCUCUUGGCCCAACCAAAUGGCCAUAUGCUGUUGAAUGAGUUUGACGAUCAAGAAAACACACCACUCCAUAUUGCGGCAAGCAAAGGAUACAUAAAAAUUGUCAAGCUUCUACUCCAACACGGUGCCUUAAUCGAUGCCAAAAAUGACCAGAAUCUAACGCCACUGCAUUUAGCUGCAAAGUUUGGCAGGGCAAGGAUCGUGGAUAUUCUCCUUAAGCGUGACAUAAGCAUUGUCAACGAUGAAGAUGACGCUUCCAAUACCCCACUGCAUCUUGCUGCCCUCGAAGGGCAUUCUAAAGUAGUGCAAACAUUGCUUACCUCCGGUGCUGCAGUCGAUGCAAGGAAUGCGAAUAUGUGGACGCCUUUAGACUGUGCUGCUUCACGUGGGUGGACGAAAUGCGCAGAGGCUUUGCUUCAUGGAGACUCCCCUAUCGAUCCAACAGACAGAGGCAAGACAACCCCACUUCACCUGUCUAGUAAGGAAGGACAUGUGGACAUGGUAAAGUUACUGCUGGCCAACAAAGCUGAUUUAUCAAGGAAGGACCAUGCUGGAAGGAAUUGUCUUGACAUUGCCAUUGAAAAUAAUCAAAAGGAAGCUGCUUUGGCUAUUGUUAACGAUGACAACUGGAAAUUGGCUCUCCGUAACUGUACUUUUGAAGGAAUGAAAGCAACCACGCCUAUGAGAAAACUUAUAAAAAAGCUACCAGAGGUUGCUGAGAGGGUCUUCUAUCGCUGUGUCGUGAGCAACGGGCUUCCUCCUGAACAUCCUAAUUAUGAAAUCAACUGCAACUACGAGUUUCUGGAAGAUAAUACCACAGACUGGGGUCAGGAGCUAUCCCAGGCCCGACAGAAUCCGUACCUUGGUGAUGCAACAAAAAAUGUUCGAAAGACAAACUUAAUGAAAAACAUGCGCGUUCCUGUUGCCGAUUAUGCCAAGCAGCAAUUUGAAUUGAAAGAUAACCACCCACUGAUGAUUAUGGUUAAAAGUCAAAGAACAAAGCUGCUGUCACAUCCAUUGGUUGCCUGCUUGCUACGUCACAAAUGGCAGGCCUAUGGUCGCUAUGUCUAUUAUUCCAAACUUCUGGUCUAUGCGUUUUACUUGAUAUUUCUCACUGGGUACUCAUUAUACACUGUAAAGAACAAAUACACAAUCUCCUGUACCAAGUCUACCAAUGAGAUUGUAAAAUGUUCCUGCGUGUCAAACCAAAAAUUAGACACUGGUGCGGGACGUUUGUGGAUCGACUUUGGAAAAUGGGUUGUUGUUACAAUCGCCUGUUGUAGUUUAUUUUUAGAGGUAAUACAAAUGAUAACACUCCUACACAAUUACAUUCGCAUGCACAACAUCAUAGAAUUUUCUUCAUAUUUGAUAUCACUUAUUUACAUUCUGGAUGCAUUCACUUGGAACGGUCAACGUAUAGAAAUUGUUAAAAACGGAAGAUGCCGUUUUUGGCACAGAAGUAUUGGUGCAUUAGCUGUCUGGCUCUCCUGGCUAAGCCUUGUGCUGUUCAUGCGUAAAUUCCCAAAGCUUGGAAUCUAUGUUGUAAUGUUUACCGAUAUCCUGCGGACAUUUGCACAGUUUUUCGUGGUUUUCUUUCUCUUCAUCAUCGCCUUUGGCCUUGGAUUUCAUAUGCUUCUCUUUCAACAGGCUCCAUACGCCUUCGCAACACCAGGCAGGGCCAUGCUGAAGACGACAAUGGGUAUGCUGGGUGAAAUUGAAUAUGAUAAUUUAUUCAAUGAAAAUCAUCCAAUGCCGAUCGCUUGGGGAAUUUAUGUUAUGUAUCUCGUAAUCAACUGUAUCAUACUCAUGAAUCUAUUGGUUGGUCUUGCUGUUGACGACAUUAAAGGUGUCCAAGAAAAUGCUGUUUUAAAAAGAUAUGCCAUGCAGGUUGAUUUGGCACUGGAUGUGGAGAAAGCGUUGCCUCUUUAUUUGCGUAGAAAGUUACUUCAAGUUGAGGAAGUUGUCCAGCCAAACACCGUGAAAUCAUGGAGGUUCUGGUCUUUCUGGGGAACAACAUUAAAAGCGCCAGCCACAUUUCAACAGGGUCCAAUGGAAAAACUUCAAGUUCGACAAGAUGAGUUGAGAAUGAACGUGAAGUCUCUAAAAAACAAAAUGAAAAGCCUACAAACUCAAAACAACCGGAUCGAAACUAUGCUGACAGCCAUCAUAAAGCAUCACAAAAUCACAGUGGAAUAUGAAGUUGAUGACAACGAUGAUGAGAUAUGAAACAGAGGUUGAAGUGGAAUCGAGAUUGCGCGUAAACAAGUAGGCGAUUCCAAGUUAAAAAAACAUUUGUUUAACCCGCUCAUAAAUUCAUAUUCGUGACAGCAGAUCUAAGGUUCCGAAGGUUUCUCAAUACCUAGUAAAGAAGGAUGAAACACUCCAGGGAAUGAAUCACCGCAGCUACAAUUGAACUUUCAACAAAUAUUUGUUGAAGUGGAAUGAAUUUAGAGAAAUUGGGUAUCAAAAAUAUAUUUAGCGAAAUAAAAGAGAACUGUUUAAACCAAAACGUUUUAUAUAAAAGGCAUUUUCAUUGAUUCUCAGCAAGGACAAUUAGAUGAAAAUUUGUUAUUAUUUGUAUUUGAAUUUCUGGCCAUUAUUUAUUAAAAUUAUAUGCUUUCAUUUAUAAAAUUUUAACAGUUUGAUUGCAAAUUGAACGUUUUGUAGAGAUACCUUGAAUUAAACACCGUUGUCGUAAGUCCCUUGCCAUGCCACAGUGACAAUGACAAUUUCUAGAAAGCAUGACGUAUUUGUUAACAAUGGCGGUUACAGGGCAAGUUUAUCGCUGCUAUAACAAAUUGGCGCUUUGCUGUCCUGAUCCUGAACCGAUCAAAAGCGGGCCCAUGAAGCCGAAAUUUGUGGUGAGACAAGCGUAUGCCCUGACGAGUGCAGUUACUAUAAUAUUUAGCAAACGGUUUGCAAAAGGCCAUUUGCUUCUCUGACCCGAUAAACCUUUGACGUGUAAAAACAGUCUUAUACCUGGAGGCUAUAUUUUUGGAAUGAAUUUACUGCCGGGAUUUGUUUAUUAUCUGCAUCGUUUAUUAUCAACCGUAUAUAACGAGCUGCCUUGCUACACAGUGUCAACGCACAUGUGAUGCUGGCCUGUAUUUUCCCUAGCUCUUAAUUGGCAGUCUUUCCUUUUGACUUGAUUUCCCAGUAUUUCAACGAAUCUCAGCCUGAACUUAAAUAAAUUCUACUUUAUCAAUGCUUUGCUUCGUGAACCUCGUUUGAGACCAACUCGUUUCGGAGAUGCCCUUUGGUCUUGUCUAAGGUCAUAGGGAGUGUCCUUUAAGAAUGAAAUAUGCUUCUCUUAUACAUACGAGGCUUAGAAAGUGGGACAAAAUGACUCGCGAUUCAUAAACAGCAUCGAUAAUUUUUUCCCACAGGAAUUAAAAACUAGCAAAAUGGCAUAAAAGCAUAAAACAAAAUGCAACAAAAAAUAUUGUACAACAUUUUACAAUUUACAUGAUUAAGCUCAAGUCGAGCCCUUAUUUUGUACUAUUGCGAAUAACAAGCACAGAGAGCAUCAAGAAUAAAUAUGUACAAAAUAUACAGGAUUGCUAAUUUUUGAGCCAAUCUUCUCUACAAUCCAGAUUAUUUGUGCAUAGUUUACUGCAUCUUUAGACAACAACGGUAGGGUAACCUUUUCUAAGAAAAAGGUUUGUUGAAAAAGCAAUCUUUGUAACUAUUCUGGUGGGUCAAACUUUAAGCAGUGCGAUGAAUUGGACCUAAGCAGCUGUUAAACCAUCUUCCACCAAGUGCGAACUGUAUAAUUCUGCAAUUACAACCUGCUACAGUUCACCUUGGCCUAAAACUGGCGUUACCUGAAUGUAGAUGUCAGGUGUUUCUAUUUUUUCUACAUUCAAUAGAUGCUAUCAUCAUUUGUAAUCAACUAUCAAUUUUGCAGCACCAACGAAAGAUGUUUCAAAUCUGUAUACUGAGUUUUGUAUAUUUUUAGUCAAUAUUUAAUGUUUGUUAUUUAAAUGAAUACGGUUGAAUAUCAAAUAGAUGAACUUUUUGA